AUGGGCGCUCCUCUAGUUAUACGUUACGACUCAUAUCUCUCCUACGUUUCAACGGCUCACGUGACUGUUACGGGUUGUAUACUACGACUCGUAGUACGUACGGUUGGGAACCCUGCUUGUACCGUUGUAAAGUCUCUUUCUAACAUCUUGAUUCGCAGUCGUAGAUUGCGUGUUUCUUCUGCCCACUCCGGGGCGCCACUCCCAACUCCGCGUCCUGCUCCUCUGCUCGGUAUCUUCGUGGAGGAGCACCAGCGCUUCCAACAGUACGUAGUACGUAACCGAAGUACCCGUAACUUACGGCUCACAUCUCUGCCCCUACGUACCGUAGUACGUCUCAAAAAGUCAAUAUUUCCUAGCAAUAUAGAUCCUGAUUGGACAUUUCUAGGGGCGCUUUAUUGUCCUAAGUCCAUGCUUGCCUAUACUCUUGCCCAUCAUGAGCUAACAGAUGUCCCAGUUCCUCCAUUGGAUCCUCCCGAGCCAUGGUUGCAACUCCUACCCUACGCUAUUCAAAAUCGCCGUCGAUUUCCUCGCUAUCCCCUCCACCAGCUGCAACUAUGA